UAACACAUCACACAUGUACUGUACGAUGAAAAGUAAAUUAAAUGACUUAAAAAAUCUAUAACUCACCAACAUUUCACUAUAAAUAGAGGUCGAUCUUAUGUUUAUUUCCUCACCCUUCACAUACAUACACAUACAUACUUUUAAAAAACGAAGUAGUAGUCAUGGCUAAGUUUGCUACCAUCAUCACCCUUCUCUUCGCUGCCCUUGUUCUCUUUGCUACUUUUGAAACACCAACAAUGGUGGAAGCACAGAAAUUGUGUGAGAGACCAAGUGGGACAUGGUCAGGAGUUUGUGGAAACAACAACGCGUGCAAGAAUCAGUGCAUUAACCUUGAGAAAGCAAAACAUGGAUCUUGCAACUAUGUCUUCCCAGCUCACAAGUGCAUCUGCUACUUCCCAUGUUAAUCUACCUCUUUAAGGUGGGUAAUAUUACGUGUGUAGUUUACAUAAAAUAAGUCUGUGUCACUAUCCAUGCGUGACUUUAUGGCAUGUAUCAGAUAUGUUUAUGUUGCUUUGGUGAUAAUAUAAAGCUUUAGUUACCACAAAAUAGCAUCUCUACAUAAAGAGAUGUGCGUAACAUCAUGUCCCAUUUAAUAAAACAAGUGACCUACUUCGCUAA